AUGGACAACUCGGGGCAGCCGCUCCCUCCCCCGACCUCUGCCUCGAACCCGUCCAACCCGACCAGCCCGGACGACUCCUUCGCUGAUUUCCACAUCCCGUCAACCACCGACUCGCCCAGCAACAAUGGCGCGUUCAACCACAACACCACAUCCCCACAACCGCACUCACACCCUGCCUUUCCAGGCGCACAGGUCUACACGCCGACCGCCACGCCCUCCGACCGUCUGAACCCUCGCAGCUGUGUCACCUGCCGGAGGAGAAAAGUACGCUGCGACAAGCACAUGCCAUGUUCGAAUUGCCGCCGAGCCCAGAUCCCAUGCAUCUUUCCUGCCCCAGGCCGCGCACCGCGCCGCCCACGACCAAAGGAUCCCAACGCGCCACCCAAGCAGCCAUCCAGCGAGCGGGAGAUCGAGCUGAUGAAGCGGCUGCGGAAGCUGGAGGGCAUUGUCGAGGAGCUGAGCGGCCAGAUCGAGGUCGAGACUGCGAGGAAUCAUUCCAGCAGCGGCGAUUCCCCCGAGACCACCACCGCCAAUGCCGGGACCGAUUUCCACACGCCCAAUUCAGGGCCGAGGCACGAGAGGGCAGAAAGUAUGACAGCGGGCAGCACACAUAGUCAGGGGUCGCCUCCAGCGCCCGGCGACGGCAGGAUGGCAGCCCCCUACAACUUCAAUUCUAGCUCUGGCAACGUCGCGCAACGACCCGACAACGUCAACAAGAAGUUUGGGAGGCUGGUCAUUAAUGACCACGGCAAGACCAGAUAUGUCAGCAGUGCAUUCUGGUCCAAGAUCACGGAUGAGGAGAAUGUGGACCCUAUUGUCAAAAUACUACACGUGCCGACCGUCGAAAUUCUAGUCAAGGAGACGCGAAAAAACCUGGAUAGCCUAACACCCGGGAACGAGGCUCUGAUGUUUGCAAUCUACUUCGCGGCCAUCACUUCCAUGGACGAGGAAGAUACCAAGAAGAACUUCGGAGUCGAUAGGCCGAGGCUGAUUUCGCAAUAUCGCUUUGCGUUGGAGCAGUCUCUUGCCAAGGCCGAGUUUUUGGUGUCGUCGGAGAUGGUUGUUCUCCAGGCCUUUAUUCUCUUCCUGGUUCUGGUCAGACGUCACGAUGAUACUCGAGUGUCCUGGACCCUGACAGGGCUCGCCAUCCGAAUGGGUCAAUCUAUGGGCCUUCACCGCGACGGGACGUCAUUUCCGGGCCUGACACCGCUCGAGAUCGAAAUGCGGCGGCGACUGUUUUGGGCGCUUUGCAUCCUGGACCUUCGAGCAGCCGAGGAUCAGGGCACUGAUUUGACCAUUGUCGACCGGACCUUCGAUACCGAGUUUCCUCUCAACAUCAACGACACCGAUCUCACACCAGAAACGACGGAGAUGCCUCAAGCCCGGCAGGGCUCAACAGACAUGACCUUCUCCCUAAUAAGAUACGAGAUCUGCGGGCUUGCGAGGCGUCUGCACACCAUGUCCUCAGCAAAUGCUGGGUCCUGCCCCCGAGAUGCAGCAAUAUCUUUCGAAGAGCGUGAGAAUAUGGUCAGGGAGGUAUACGCGAGCGUGGAAGGGAAGUUCUUCCGCGGCGCCGACGCCUCGCAGGACCCGAUCUUGUGGACGGCGGCGAACAUAGCCCGCGUCAUCGUCGCGAAGAUGACGCUUGUUAUAUACCAACCUAUGCUCUUCCCAGGGCCUGAUGGCGAGAUCCUCUCCAGCGCAAUCCGUGAUCGCAUCUUCACCGCCGCCACCGAGAUUUUCGAGUACAACCACCAACUCAACACAGACCCACGAUCCAGGCCAUGGCGCUGGCUCUUCCUUACGUACACGGCAUGGCAUGCUGUGGCAUAUGUACUGAUGGAGGUCGUUCGUCGCCCUUGGAGCGCUGCUGUUGAGCGAGCAUGGGCGGCCCUGAAUGCUACUUUUGCUAGCCCCAAUACUGAUGAUCUGAACCGUAUAGCAGGAGAUCAAUCCGUUUGGCUGCCGCUCAAGAAGAUCUACAUCAAGGCCAGAAAGCACCGAGAAGGAGAGAUAGCUCGACUCAAGGCUGAUCCCCAAGCUGCGCAGGAGCUAGAGCUGGAAGAGCGCAGGAACGCGGGGGCACCGGCAAGCUUCGCAGCCAUGCCUGGGUCAGUCAAGAGUGCGGUGGCCAAUGAGAGGUGGCGAAAACUUGUCAACGCACCGCGACUACCACCUGAGGUAGAACGGGAGACCAAGUCUUUCCCGACAUUCCCACAACAGCAAGGGCAACAACAAGAACCAUCGGGGCCACAGAGCGAGGCUGUCAGUGCGCCUCCACAGGUGCCGAACAACAUGGGCAUCGGUGGCAGCCUGCCAGGUCAGAACGUGGGUGACGAACGGGCCAUGGAAAUUGUGGAGAACGUCAUGAACCAGCCUCAUUUCCAGCCCGACAGCUUUUGGCCUAUAGCCUUCUCACCACAGUACGCCGAUAUCGCGCGCGCUGCAACGAGCAGCGUGGGGUUCCCCUUCAUGUCUGGCAGCGACCCGAUCCCAAGGCAGGACUCGACUCUCGCCAACUUCGCCAACGGCAACGGUGACACAGCCACCAGUCGCGCAGUCCCUGGGACCUCGAUGUCGACCGACCCAAGAAUGCAGCAGACGCCUCUGGUCGACGCGCUUAAGGUCGAGGGCAACCUACCUCCGUGGUUGUGGAACGACACGCCGGUCGCAGCCACGCAGACCUUUGCAGGCACCCCUGGCUCCGUGGCAACGGCUAGCAGUGGCGGCGGCGGGCCGAUGAGUGCGAACACGCCGGCGAGAGCGUUCAGCUUCCCGCUGCAAGGUGGGAACAACGACGUCCAACCCGAGGACAUCGAUGUGAACAUGGACGAGGACUUCAACUGGGCAGACUGGGGACAGAGCCUAAUGGAGUCGACUGGUGCAAAUAUGGGAGGCGUUUGGAGUGCACACGGGAUAUAG